GGAGUGAUGUUUGGGGCAGAGGGGGAUUUGUUUUCUGGAUAGGGCUGAAAGACGCACCUUGUCCAGAUCCUAUUUUCCGGUGCGUUUGCCCUUAACGUCGAUGGUGAUGAUGUUGCCUUUGAACCUUUUUACCAGCUUCCGAAUGUGAUGGAGCUUUAUGUAAGUUUCAGGGCAAUCAGCGACACAGCAUUUAUCGAACUUCGAUUUCGGUUGGGUGAGAAGGGUACGCUUAUCUUCAAGGAGUUUUUCCAAGCCUUCGGGGGUUUCAUUUCCCGAAACGAGGAAUUCUUUGCGUCUAGUGUUUAUCUCCAGUGGGGUGUGAAACCCAGUGAGCAUAGAGUAUUCGCCAGGGUUCCCAGCUUCAAGGAAGACAUUCGGAGGUUUGGAGUAUACGCCAAUUAUUUUUGACACAGUAGUGUUAUACUUGU